UUCGUAUAAAAGUGUCGGCGACAACUAAUCGUCGUUGUAGAAUGACGAUUCUCUUUCAAGUGUGUCACGUGCCUGCGUGUGUAAUUCGUGUAAAGCCGUAGACAGGGUGUGGGAAAGACGAGUUUGCUCUGUUUGCUAUAUUUAAUGAAAGUAUGUCAAAGGUCCAUAGGCAUCAAAUCCCCAGCUCCUUAACCAAUAACCAUGUACUCUACUCGAGCCAGUAUUAGGCUGAAAUAUACGGCUCGGCGGGUUUCAACGGCGAAAUGCGCAUAUGCGACAACGUCAUAUAGCUCGCCGGCGCCAAAUGCCUCCCGGUUGACAGACCAGGACAUCAGCUCAGCGCGAAGCUACUGCUCAACGCUUGUCCAAAAAUUUGACUCGCCUUCAUAUACGUUACAGACGUUCAUCCCGGCUCCAACCCGCGAUGCCUACCUCGCAAUCCGUGCCCUUAACAUUGAGCUCUCGCGCAUUCCCGACCUGGUCUCAAACCCUACAAUUGGCGCCCUGCGCAUGCAAUUCUGGCGCGACAACAUAACACGGACGUUUGCGAAUACGCCGCCGAAAGAGCCGGUGGCUAUUCUCCUCCACCAUGCACUCCAGUCCCUCAAAGAACGCCACCCGAAUGCGCCCACAUCGAGUUUAAAGGCCUGGUUCAUGAAGGUCAUAAACGCCCGAGAGCAGUACAUGGAUAAUCGCCCAUACCCGACCAUGGAUGCGCUGGAGAACUAUGCUGAGGCUACCUAUUCAACGUUGAUGUACUUAACGCUGGGAUUCCUUCCCCUUCACUCUAUGUCAAUAGACCAUUUGGCCAGCCACAUUGGUAAAGCGGCAGGGAUAUCAGCUGUGCUUCGCGGGAUGCCUCUCAUUGCCUUUCCGCCUCCACCUAAUCACCAUAGUAAUAGCGGAGCAUCAGCAGGAUCUUUAGGGGGCGAAGGUGGUGCUCGCCAAGGAGCAGUUCUGCUUCCGCUUGAUGUCAUGGCAGAUACAAAUACGAAGCAGGAGGACGUUUUGCGUCAAGGUGCCAAUGCGCCGGGCCUCAAGGACGCUGUAUUUCAGGUCGCAACUCGGGCAAAUGAUCAUCUAAUAACAGCGAGGAAUAUGCUACAGCGUCUUCAGGAAGGGAAAGACAUGGGUCACGACUUUGAGCAUGAGGGAGAGGAAGGACACGACUAUGGAAUGCAAGGCCGAGACUUGAAUGAACCGCAAAACUCUGCGGCUGAAGAACUUGCCAGGGGAUUCGGCGUGCUCAUGCCGGCAGUGUCGACAAGGCUUUGGCUGGAGAAGCUUGAGAAGGCGGAUUUUGAUAUUUUCAGGGAGGAAGUCAGGGGACGGUCCUUAAGUUUACCUUGGAGUGCGUACUGGGCGUACAAGAGGACGCAGCUAUAGAUAAUAUGUAUUAUAUGCGCCAUAUUCUUGUAAUUAUAUGCAAUAACUGAUGAUUUUAGAUCUAAAUGAAUCUCAACUCCCAGUACUCAUUGGGAUAUUUGCACGUAUGUAAUAUUGGGACACGUCAAAAUUAAACAACAG